AUGGCGAAACUGAUUAUCGUGUUUAUGCUACCUUUUGUUGCCAUAUUGGCUGCUAAAUUGACAGUACAACCAAUACAUAUGUGUGAAUAUCAGGGCCAUAAAUUCCCAAUAGGCAGUGAAUACAGACCAACUGAUUGUACAACAUGUCGAUGUGAAUCCAGUGGACGACCAUCGUGUUUGAUAGCUGAUUGUUUUUUCGUACCAUGUGUUGAUUCUGUACACAUACCAGGACAGUGUUGUAACCAUUGUCCUACAGGGAAUAACUGUUAUGCUUUAAAUGGUAAAAUCAUCAAAGCUGGUUCCGAGAUUAAAAUUGACGAUAAUACUUUUUGUACAUGUCCAGCACCAUGGGUUAGACCUAACAACGCUACUUGCAGAAAAACGUUAAAAAAAAAAAAACAAUAA